AUGGACAGCCAGCGGCAGCAGAGCGUGGCUUACGAGUAUCUCUGCCGACUGGAGGAGGCCAAACGCUGGGUCGAGGCCAUGCUGGACGACGUCCUGCCGCCGACCACCGAGCUGGAGGAGUCGCUGCGACACGGCGUGCACCUGGCGCGCCUGGCGCUACUGCUGCGGCCCGACACCUCGCGGCGCGUCUACGACCUGCAGCUUACGCGCUACGCCGCCAGGGGCCUGCAGUUCCGGCACACGGAUAACAUCAACAUCUGGACGCAAACCAUGCGGGAGAUGGGGCUACCACAGAUCUUCAUACCGACGACCACUGACGUGUACGAGAAGAAGAACAUGCCGAAGACGGUGUACUGCAUCCACGCGCUCAGCCUGUUCGCCUUCAAGCUGGGCCGGGGCCCACAGAUGCCCGACCUGCUGGGCAAAGCCGUCUUCACGGAUGCCGAGAUUGACGCCGUGUCGGCCGAGCUGCGCAAGUACGGCCUCAGCCUGCCGACGUUCAGCAAGAUCGGCGGCAUCCUGGCGCGCGAGAUGCCCGUCGACAAGGCGGCCCUUCACGCGGCCGUCAUCGUCAUUAACGAGGCCAUUGACCGACAGGUACCCGCCGAGACGCUGGCCGGCCUGCAAAACCCGAACGCUCACCUGCGGGAGGUGGCGGCCGAAAAUGCUGACCUCUACCAGAGCCGGCUGGCGGCGGCCAAACACAGCAAGGUGGAGGCUGCCCAGAACCGGUCGCUGUCGGAGACGUUCGAGGCAGACGUGUACGACGAGCUGCUGACCCAGGCCGAGAUCCAGGGCCACAUUGGCGCCGCCAACCGGGCGGCCGCGCUGGCCCGUCUGCACGAGGCGCUGGCUGGCGGCGACCCGGCCGGCCUGUGGGCCGCCCUGGCCGCUCCUUGCCUCCGACUGCAGCGUGUUGCUUCGGACUGCAUGUCGGACUACAUGGAGGGGCUGAGGCGCGUCACCAACGGCCACCCCCCGUCCACGGAGGACGUGCAGCGGGUGAUCGACCAGGUCAACCAGGUGUUCAGCCAGCGGCAUCAAGUCACGUAG